GUUGCUGCCAACUUCUCAUUUCUCUCUCUCAAGAAUAGCAUUAACACCUUCACUCCACUCACCAUUAAUGCUAUUUGAUCCUCUCAAUACCCUCUGCUACAAUAAUAACUCCUUUCAUCUUCUCCACCUGUUCCCUAUUCCCCCUUCUCCAAAACCCCUUUAAUAAUUCUUCUUAAAUUCCCUUAACAAGAAAAAUUCAUCCCCUUGUCCAUGAACAGAAACCUUAGAAGAAGAAGAAUAAAAAAACUAGGUUUCAGCCUCCAAAAAACUGUUCCCCAGUGACCCUUUUGCCUCAAAACAGAUCUAAGUUAAAACCCUAGUGUGGAUUAAUUUUCUACACUUGUUGCUUUUGUUCCAAGGCUUUACAGAUAAAUGAAACAUAUAUCAUUUUAAGAGAAUAAAGGAAGAUGUAUAAGCCAAACAUGUUUGAUAGCCACCAGCAUUUGCUUGAUACGCCAUCUUCGACCCAAAAAUCACAAGAGACUGAAAUGGAUUUCCUUCGAGAAGAAGAACUCGAGAGCAAAUCAGGAACUGAUAUAAUGGAAGGCCAACAUUCAGGGGAUGAUCAAGAUCCGAACCAACGACCAACCAAGAAGAAGAGGUACCACCGCCAUACGCAACACCAAAUACAAGAAAUGGAAGCUUUUUUCAAAGAAUGCCCACACCCAGACGAUAAACAAAGGAAAGAGCUGGGGAGAAGACUUGAGCUAGCGCCGUUGCAAGUGAAGUUUUGGUUCCAAAACAAGCGGACUCAAAUGAAGGCUCAACAUGAACGAUGUGAGAACACACACUUGAGGAAUGAAAAUGACAAGCUGCGCGCUGAGAACAUAAGGUAUAAAGAAGCUCUCACCAAUGCGUCGUGCCCACACUGUGGAGGGCCUGCAGCCAUAGGGGAGAUGUCAUUUGAUGAGCAACAAUUGAGGGUCGAAAAUACUCGUCUUAGAGAAGAGAUUGAUAGAAUAUCUGGAAUAGCUGCAAAAUAUGUUGGAAAACCAAUGCUCAACUUUCCUCCCCAUCUUCCUCCACCAGAAGCACCUCGUUCUCUAGAUUUGGCUUUUGGACCUCAAUCAGGUUUGCUUGAUGAAAUGUACAAUGUUGGUGACAUUUUCAGAACGGCAAUUAGGGGCCUUACAGAUGGAGAGAAGCCCGUGGUCAUUGAACUUGCUGUUUCCGCAAUGGAGGAACUUACUAGAAUGGCCCAAACUGAUGAACCUAUGUGGAUCACAAACUCGGAGAAUUCUAUUGUGACUUUAUGUGAGGAGGAAUAUGCUCGGACUUUCCCUCGAGGCAUAACUGGACCUAAGCCAUUGACCCUGAAUUCUGAAGCCUCACGAGCUAGCUCUGUUGUUAUAAUGAAUCCUAUUAAUUUAGUAGAGAUUUUGAUGGAUGCGAAUCAAUGGACAAGCGUUUUUGCGGGCCUGGUGUCUAGAGGAAUGACCGUUGAAGUCUUGUCAACCGGAGUAGCCGGAAACUACAAUGGAGCAUUGCAAGUGAUGACAGCGGAGUUCCAGGUUCCCUCUCCCCUUGUUCCAAUUCGGGAGAACUUUUUCUUAAGAUAUUGUAAGCAACAUGAUGAUGGGACUUGGGCAGUAGUUGAUGUUUCCCUAGAUAGUUUGCGCCCUUCUCCAGUGCCACCAUGCCGAAGAAGACCCUCUGGCUGUUUAAUUAAAGAAUUGCCAAAUGGUUACUCCCAGGUCACAUGGGUUGAACAUGUUGAGGCGGAUGAAAAAGCUGUUCACGACAUGUACAAGCCACUUGUCUGUUCUGGGCUUGCAUUUGGAGCAAAGCGCUGGGUGGCAACAUUAGAGAGACAAUGUGAACGGCUUGCAAGUGCAAUGGCAAAUAACAUCCAAACUGGAGAUGUUGGAAUUUUCACAAGUCCAGCCGGACGAAAGAGCAUGUUGAAACUUGCUGAGAGAAUGGUGAGGAGCUUUUGUGCUGGUGUUGGUACAUCGACAACUCACACGUGGACAACGUUGUCCGGAAGUGGUGCUGAUGAUGUUAGAGUCAUGACAAGAAAGAGCAUUGAUGAUCCUGGGAGACCUCCUGGAAUUGUGCUGAGCGCUGCAACAUCUUUUUGGAUCCCAGUUUCUCCUAAAAGAGUGUUUGAUUUUCUCCGCGACGAGAACUCCAGGAGUGAGUGGGAUAUUCUUUCCAAUGGUGGUGUUAUUCAGGAAAUGGCACACAUCGCAAAUGGCCGUGACCCUGGAAACUGCGUAUCUCUACUCCGUGUCAAUAGUGGAAACUCUCACCAGAGUAACAUGUUGAUACUCCAAGAGAGUUCAACUGACCCAACAGGAUCUUAUGUUAUUUACGCUCCAGUUGAUAUUGUCGCAAUGAAUGUGGUGUUAAGUGGGGGUGACCCUGACUAUGUUGCUCUGUUGCCAUCUGGUUUUGCUAUUCUUCCUGACGGGUCGACCAAUCACCAUGGUGGUAGCGGCAGCAGUUCAGAUGUUGGCUCUGUUGGCGGGUCGCUGCUAACAGUUGCAUUUCAAAUAUUGGUUGAUUCAGUCCCAACUGCAAAACUUUCCCUUGGAUCAGUUGCAACUGUUAAUAGUCUCAUCAAGUGCACCGUUGACAGGAUUAAAUCCGCUGUGACGCCUGAAAGUGCAUGAUCGAAAUAUCUGAGGUGGUGGCCUUGAAGGGGGAAGAGUUAAAAGAAAGUUACAAGAUAAAUUCAUGCACUAUGAGACAAAGGAAGGAGUGGAUAACGGGAAAUCCGUGCAAUGGUGGUGAUUGCUUUUGUUUUGGGGAAAGAAGCAGGCUGCCUUACUAGUACAUGUUAGGAUAUAUAUAUAACAAUAAGGCUGUAUUUUUUAUUUGAGCUCUUUGCUUCAAGGGUUUAUUAUCAUUAAGACAAAUCUAUAUGUUUUUGGAAGAAGUUUUGUUUGACUUCUGAAAUGUUACGUUUGCUAGCGCUAGCAAAUUUAUGGAUUCAUUGAUCUGAAGUAUUUAUUAGUUUUCUAUUUGUAUGUCGAAUGGAAGUUGUGUACUGAUUA